AUGGCACAUCGAAUCAUCCCCGUCCUGCUGCUCGGUUUGCUGCUCGUGUUGCACACGCAGCUCUGGUUUGGGCGCGGUAGCGUGUCCACCGUGGCCGGGAUGAGGCAAGAAUUGGCAACUCUGGAACACGCCAACCGCGAAGCCCAGCUGCGCAACGAACAGCUCUCCAACGAAGUGCGCGACCUGCAAGACGGCCUGGACAUGGUGGAAGAACAUGCGCGGCAGAACCUGGGCAUGGUCAAGCCCCGUGAAAUAUUUGUCCAGAUUGCCCAGCGCCGUCCUUGA